UAUAUAUAUAUAUUCACCUAAUUUUUUAUUAGUAUAUGAUAUGCACAUAAAGAACUGUUUAUUUUUAUGAAGAAAGUCAUAAUUCCACUUUAAUCCUGCAUGAAUUCAUGUGUGUUUUUAACUCUCACUCCAUGGCACAAUCUUUCAUAUUUGAAAAGCAGACAGAGAGAGAGAGCAUUUGCAGCCGACAGUAAGGAACAUUUUUGGGAGAAACACAAAAACAUAUUUGCAGUAACACAAAAAGAGGUUUACAACUUUAUUUGGGGAGAAGAGAUAGAUAAUAAUAAGAUCCAAUGGGUGUUGUUACUGUUCCUGAGUCUAAUAAGCAAAGUGUUGCUGCUAAAAGAGCGUUUCGUCCAAGUUCCAGUAUCAGACACACUCCUCAAUGGUACUCUUUCACUAACUCAUCUCUUCUUUCCUCAAAAUGUUGCUGAUCUCUCUGUUGUUCCAGGCCUGUCUCGGACGUUACGAGUGACUUAACCAUUGAAGUCGGCUCUGCGACCUUUUCCCUUCACAAGGUAACCAAAUUCAAUAAACUCAGAAGAAAAAAGAGAAACUGCUUUACACAAACUCGUUCUCUUUUGCAGUUUCCUCUCGUCUCUCGGAGUGGAAGAAUCCGGAAACUUGUUCUGGAAUCAAAAGACACGAACCUGAACCUAGCCGCUGUUCCAGGCGGCUCAGAAUCGUUCGAGCUUGCUGCAAAGUUCUGCUACGGCGUUGGCGUCCAAUAUAACUCGUCCAACAUUGCGGCGCUGCGAUGCGUGGCUCAUUACCUGGAGAUGACAGAAGACUUGUCAGAGAAGAACCUCGAGGCGAGAACAGAGGCCUACCUGAAAGACUCCAUUUUCAAUGACAUAUCGAAUUCGAUCACUGUUCUUCACUCCUGCGAGAGGCUACUGCCUGUAGCUGAAGAGAUCAACCUCGUCGGGAGGCUGGUCAACGCAAUCGCUGUAAACGCCUGCAAAGAACAGCUAGCCUCUGGUUUGCUCAAGCUUGAUCAGAGUUUCAGCUGCGGCGUCCCGGAGACUGCGAAACCUUGUGACUGGUGGGGUCGCUCUCUUCCCAUCCUCAAGCUUGAUUUCUUCCAGAGAGUUCUCUCCGCCAUGAAAUCCAAAGGUCUCAAUCACGACAUUAUCAGUGACAUCCUUAUGAGCUACGCUCGCAAAUCACUGCAGAUCAUCAGAGAACCGAAUCUCGUCAAAUCAGAUUCCGAUCUUCAGAGGAAACAGCGAAUCGUCCUUGAAGCGGUCGUCGGGCUCCUCCCAACGCAAGCGAACAAAAGCUCGAUUCCGAUCUCGUUCCUCUCUAGCUUGUUGAAGACCGCUAUAGGAUCUGGCACCUCCGUCUCUUGCAGAUCCGAUCUGGAGAGACGGAUCAGCCACCUGCUCGACCAGGCCAUCCUUGAAGACAUCCUUAUUCCGGCGAACAUCGGCGCCAUGUACGACACCGACUCGGUGCAGAGGAUUUUCUCAAUGUUCUUGAACCUUGACGAGUGCGAGUACAGAGAUGAUGAUGACGACGAGGAGGACGCGGUGGACGAGAGCGAGAUGGCCAUGUACGAUUUCGAGGGGGCUGAGUCACCGAAACAGAGCUCCAUCUUCAAGGUGUCGAAGCUGAUGGAUAGUUAUCUCGCUGAGGUGGCUCUGGACUCGAGCCUUCCUCCCUCCAAGUUUAUAGCACUCGCAGAGCUUCUCCCUGACCAUGCUCGCGUCGUCUGCGAUGGCCUCUACCGAGCCGUUGAUAUCUUCCUCAAGGUUCACCCCCACAUGAAAGAUUCGGAACGUUACCGUCUCUGCAAGACAGUCAGCUGUAAGAAACUGUCGCAGGACGCAAGCAGCCACGCGGCGCAAAACGAGAGACUUCCGGUUCAGAUUGCGGUUCAAGUCCUGUUCUACGAACAGACACGGCUCAAGAACGCCAUGACCAGCGGCGGUGGCACAGGCGGUUCGAACCAAAGCCAGUUCUUCUUGUUCCCAAACCGCUCGGGAAGCGGGAUGGCAAGCGGAGCCAUCUCGCCGAGGGACAACUAUGCAUCAGUGAGAAGAGAGAACAGAGAGCUGAGACUAGAGGUGGCCAGGAUGAGGAUGAGGCUAACGGACCUGGAGAAAGAUCAUGUAUCGAUGAAGAGAGACUUCGUGAAGCCGCAGAGCAGGAGGAGGCGUUAUGGAAUGUUGAGGAAGCUCUCGAGAGGUCUGAACAAGUUGAACGCAAUCGUUUUGAGAUUUAGGAGCAGCCAAAGUGUUGCCAGUAGCGGUAAAAAGCAUACGGAGGAGAAAACGAAUUCGGAAAGACGAUUCAUGUUUCAGAAGAGAAGAUGUCACUCUGUUUCUUGACUUGCUUGCUUCUUCUUCUUCUACUCUUUUGUAAUAUUUCUUUAACAAAGAAAAGACGAGAGUGAAUUUGAGUGUGUAAAUUUGUAAUUUACAGAUUCUAGAGUUGCAUAAUACAUUCCCAAGUGUGUAAAGCUUGUCUUGUAUAUACUGUUCGUUGAUGAUGAUAUAUUGAUAUGGAUCAAGAAGACCCUUAACGG